CAACUAUUCUCUUAAGCAUAUUACUUACUGAUUAGUAAUUGUAAGUUCUUUUGAUAAAUUUCUAUAGAUUCAGAGAUAUCAUAAUAACUUUUAAAAAACAAUUAUUUAUAUUUCUUCAAACACAAGUUAUUAUAUAUAAAUUUAUCAUAAAUGAUUAAUUUUAAAAUGGGUUUGAUGUGAUUUUUAUCUUAUUUAGUUGUUAUUUGUAACUUUACCUCAUUCUGGCAUUUAUGUUAAUCUAUAAGUAACUAGCCUGACAUUUCCAGCUUACAAUGAAUGUGGUAUAUUUUUAUUAAGGGAAAAUAAGAAAUACCUAUGUAAUUGACAUUGCAUUGGCAUUAUUUUAGCUUCUAUGUCCUAAAGGUUCUAAUUACUAGGAAUCACUUCUAAUUACCUUCUAAUAAUACUGUAGUUAUAAUAUUCUUUGUAUAACUAUGCCUAUUUUAUAUUUUUUAAAAUGCUAUAAUGGUCAACUAGAUAGACUUGAAAAUAAGGAUUUUUAUUUGGUCAUUAUUUGGAUUUUACAAACAAAAUUGCUUGAAUCAACAAAACAGGUUUAUCAAUAAUAUGGCUACUUAUUAUGAAGUCAGGCUAUGGCAUACAAUUAUUCUGUUACAUCAGGAGUGGAUUGGUCCUGGGUUUAAGGACACCCUCUUGGGGCGUACCCAGCCUCUAUAAAGUCAGUAUCCUAAUUAGUUAAGAAAAUCGUGGAGUUGAACAUGAUGAUGGCCGAAUCACCUCCUUGCGCAAUCGUUGGCUUUGAAACAGUACUUCCUUAAAAAUUGAAGACUUGGUGAGUUGUAGUGCAGGUUUUUUGGCUACUAUUUGUAUAUAUCUGAUCUAUAGUCUGUUUUAGUACAGACCCCUUUUUAUCAAAUUAUCAACAUUUCUCUGAAACUUUGUAAAUAGCUUCAUCUCAUCGUUACCUAAAAAUGUUUCAUUUAUAAAAAUCUUGGCAUUGGGGUGUUCUCAAUUUGGAGAUUGUUAAGCUUUGUCUAUUUAAUUAGUUACUAAGAAUUCAUGCAAACCCAUUUGCUUUACACUCGAAUCAUAAGAUAAUAUGAUCAUAAAAUCGGGAAAAAAAUGUGGUCUACAAAAAUAUUGUACCAUUUGGUCUGUAUAACCUCGUUAUUUUGACAUUUUGUGGGUGGAGGUCACACCAAAUGGACCAAUAGUUUUGUAUGCCUCCUUUUUUAUCGACUUUUUUUUUUUUGUGAUCAUAUUACCUUACUAUUCAAGUGGAAAGCAAAUGGGUGUUCAUAAAUACCUAAUUAAAAAGACAAAUUUUGCCCUUCUCCAGAUUAAAAAAGCCCCAAUUCCAAGAAUUUUCAUAUAUAAAAUAUUUUUAGGUUACGAUAAGAUGAAGCUAUUUAUGAAUUUUUUGGUAGGUGUUGAUAAUUUGAUAUAAAGGGGUCUGUACAAUGUACUACUAGGUUUUACAACGUCAUUUGGGGAAUCCAAAUUAACAAUUAACUUACCUCGGUAAAAUUUUGAUAUGAUACUGUUUUGAUCUAGGUACGAAGUAUGAAACAGUUACAUUUAGAUUUUUUUUUUAAACUUCCUUAUGGAUGAUAAAAAAUAUCUAUUCAGAUUUUAACCAGGUUGAGGUUUAUCGCUUGUUUAGAAGUGUUAUCUAAGAGUAACUUUGUUGCAAUACUUAAGGCCUCAUUGUCUGUGAUUAUUAAUAAGAAAAGAAUUGGUUGAAUUAUUUUUCCAAGUUAAAUUAAAUUCCAGAUGAGAUGCAUUCUGGUUUGAUUGUUAAUCUAGGUAAUAGCAAUGAAAGGUGUUCACUUUAAUUCUAUUACAAGCUGUUUAAUAAUUAAAAUCCGAUCAAUUUUCAGCCACUGUUUAGAUUUAUUUAGUUUAGUGUCAGUAUCUCAGAGCCACAAAUAGUUCUCUUGUCUAUCAGUUUACAAUAUAUUACUAAAACAAAAAUUAUGUUGAACACAAACAUUUAUUAUUUAUUACUUAAUAGCUUUGGUGUUAUGGCUAAGUGAAUGUUUAUAGAAAUUUUGUAGUUGCAUCGUUGAGAAUGUUUCUGAGAGGAGUAAUAAAGUAAAUUUAAACAGAUAAAAUAUUUUUUUAAAUUAUAUAUAUACUUAAUAAACUUUAGAAGUUUAUUACAAUGUGAUGAUACCUUUGGACUUCAAUUCAAUUGUUAUCAAAAGGUAAAUAAUAAAAAAAAAAAUGGAGCAAUAUAAUGUGAUUUUUUUUUAAAUUAAUGAACUUAAAUUUAUCUUUAUUAAAAAAAUAAGUUAUAAAAGUAAAAAACUCAUACUUCAAGAUUUUUCUUGGAUUACUAAACACAUCUCUCAAAAAUGUAUUGUUUCUAAAUCUCUCUAGACUCUGUAGGUUCUUGAUCAUUUGUGACUAACAUGCUCUAAAUGAAUUAUUAGGAGUCCACUACAUUUCAAAUUUUUAUUUUUGAUCAUUGCUAAGUGUUAAGGUUGAGGAGGCACAUUCUACAGCAAUGUGCUAUGCUAACCUGACUUACUUUAGCUGUGCUAAACUGAAAUUUAUCUUUUUGGGUUUUAAUAUUCAUGCUUUUGAGGGGAUACAAUAUAUUGAAUGGUUUUAUAUUAAAUUAAAUUAAGUAACUAUUAGAUAGUAAACGUUUUACAGUAGAAUUUUCUAAUGAUGGUGUAACAUCCUAUUUACUCUUACUGGAAAAUUAAAUUAAGUUAAACCUGAAAUUCCUUUAAGUUUUAUUUUAAUGACAAUUUAUACUUUUUUUUAUGAAAAAAAUAAGCUCACUAUUUUCAGUUGUGGUGUUGAUAUACGGAAAUGUUGAAAUUGUUCCAUUAGUUUGCAUUACUAUGUGCCAAUAUCCAGCUUUUCUAGUACUUAUGGCUGAGCUUGAUGCAGUUUAAUUUGUCCAGGUCUUCAUUUUAAUCUAUCAACUUCAAAAUGCAGUUAAUGAAAUAUUUUUAGUCCCUUAAGAAAGCAAUUUUUUUUGGUUUUUAAUAAAAAAUAUUUCAGAAGAUAUUUGCCUCUUUAAUUGUGAAGAAAUUUAUUGAUAAUUGCCCUUUGAAAAUAUUUCUUUGACUAAUCUUUUGUGGUUGAUUACUAAUAUUUAAAAAAAUGUAAGCUUAACUUAAGUACUGCUUGUUUACCCAAAGUGCCUAAAGCACCGCAUCUGCUGCACCCUCUACCUAAAUAUUGUAUUUUAUAUGUCAGUGUAAUUGAUUAAUGGCAUCAUUCUCAGAGUCUGCUUGAAAAUAUACACAGAGGAACUGGUCACUUGAUGCUAGAGUUAGCUUAUUUUCAUGGUUGACGAUAACCUUAAAUGUAAUGAAAUUUAUCAGUACAAAUACAAAUUUUAUCUCAUUUUCUACUGUAUUCCUUAAUGUUGUGAAUUUUAUCUGUAAUCUAGUCCUGUGCCUCAGAAGCUGCAAUCAUUUAUAAGGCAUAAAUUUGCUCAGCUUUAUAUCAGUGAUUGAAAAUACUCAAUAUUAUAAUAAAUAAAUAUAUUUUUUCAUUUGUUUUUAUCUCUUUUUAAUUGUAGGCUAGUUUUAGAAUUUAGAAUUAAGCUUUAUUAAGGACAUUUACUUAUGUGAUUUUGGGAAAGAUAUAAAAAAAAAUUUAUAAUGUUAACAUUUGAAAUCUGCUAUUGCUGAAUGUUAAAUUUAUUGAGAAACUGUUUUGUUGUGUAACAAAAUGUUUAUUAAAUUGUUAACAAUUUUUAUUAUUUUGGUAAGUGCUAAUACUCAAUAUAACUGUAGUUCUCAAUCAUACACCAGUGUCGGGCGAUGAACAAUAAUUAACUAAUAAAUUAGUUAGAGGAAAUCAUUAAUUGUACUUUGAUUUGGAGUAGAAAAUAAAUUAAUCAUGACUCGUUGCAAUAAAGCAGUAAUGAUUUAAUUUUUAACCAAGUCUGUUCCUUAGAUCAAUUCUAUUAUCAGCAACUCAUGAGUGACCAUGGAUUUAAGGAUAGUUCCUAUUAUUAUUUUAUAUAUUUUCACUUCUCCUGUUUUCUAAAAAAAUCAACAUCAUGAUUGGUUUAUAUACUUUUUGUAUGAUUAUUAAUAUGUUAACAGUCAUUGAGUAAAGAAUUCCUUUUUUUUUUUUUCAUUUUAAGUUACUCAUUCAAUAUAUACAUUUUUUAAAAUUUACUCAUGGUGAAUGAGUGAUGAUUAAAUUUUCAUCUGUGAUUAAUGCCCAAUUCUGCCUAGUAUGCCAAAUUCUUUUUCAGUGGUAAAAUAGUUUGAAUUCAAUGUUGACUAUUUGUCCUCAAGACUGAAUUCCAUCAAAGGUAAAAUAUGAUGUAUGUUUGUCAUUUUGUUAUAUUUUAACUUUUGACAUACUCCAGAUUUCAGGAGCAUUGUGUUGAUGAUAUAAAAUUAAAACUACCAUUGUUUACUGAAUAGAGCUAAAAUAUAAUUUGAGAAUAUUGAAACUUCAAGGUUACUUAAGAAAAAUUGAAAACUUUUAUUAUUGUAAUAGAGAAUUAUUUUUUUAAUUGGUUAAAUUUCGAAUUUGACUGUUGUUGUUCAUAUAAAAAAUGUUUUAACGGUCUUAUUUAACACACAAUACAUACAGUUAUAAAAAUUAUAUUUUGAUAUUUCUAAUUUUUGGGCAGGGUAUCUUAAUAUAAAUGUGGAAAGUGUUUUAUAAGAAAGUUUAAAUGAGUGUCCCUUUUAUUUUAGAAACAAUAGAAUAAUACAUUUAUUUUAUACAUAUAAUUUAUGUUACAACAGAUUUUUUUCAUUUUUUCCCCCCUUGUAUAGUUUAUCUAAAUUAGUCAAAUUGUAUUAUUAUCUCUUAAUUAAUCUAAAGAUUUAGUUUAAAUGAUUAAAGUUUUGGAACAAUUUACUAUAUUGUUAUUUAUUAUAACAUAUUUGUCUCUUUUUUUUUUUUUUUUUACAUGAGGAUUGUUGAAUAUAUUAUUUGUCUAAUCACAAUAUUGGAAGGAUUAGUUGAUACCCAAUCAUUUUUUUUUCUUUAUUAUUAUGUAUUUUUAUACAUAUUAUUUAUAAUUAAAAAAAAUCUUUUAAAAUAAAUUAUUUAUGGCCCCACACCAUAAGUUCAUUUGAUAAAUUGAUUUUACCAGGUGUUAGAAUUAUAAGAAAAAAAAUAGUAAAUUAGUUUUCCUGAAUCCAUGGUGACUUAGCAACCAAGUUUGUUAUUUUUGUGACUGUGAGUGAUUAUGUGUUGCCUUAAGGAAAUAUAAUUUGUCAUUGUUAAUGUGAUAAGGCAUUUUCAAUAGCUUUUAGUUCUUUUAAACUGCACUGUGCCUUGUUGCAUAGUUAUAUUUAAGAUUUCUAUCUAAAUAAUAUGUUGAGAUGUCUAGUUUCAAAUUCUUAUAUUACUAAAUCUUUAUAGAGAUAUAUUACCAAUCUAUUAUAUCAGUGAUGUGAUCUAAAGUUAAUUUUUUUUUAUUUAUAAUUUUGUUGUGUGUAAAAUCACUUUUUCUAGUGAGUUUAUUGUUUAUAAAUUUAAAAAUGUUUCUAUCCAAUCAUUUUUUUUUUCUGUGCUCCAAAGUAUUUUAUAAAUUAAUAUAAGAGUCCUAUGUAUUGAGUAUCACAAUAAUAUUAGGUACAUUGUACCUUGCAACAUUUCACAGGAAACAUUGUAUGAAAAUAUAUUGAACAGCUUUAUUAAAUUUUGUUUUUUUCUGAACAAGUUAUGUUUUAUGUUCAUAAGGUGCCACAGUGCAUUUUGAGCCUAUGUUUUAUUAUUUUAUUUAUUUUUUUUAUUCAUUAUUCAUUUUAUAAAUGAAAAUUGUUUUUAUUUUAUAAGCUUGUCAAUUUGAAUAUUCCUUAUUAUUUCUUAUUAAAAAGUAUUAAAAAGCACUGAAUGUUCAAUAAUAAUUCUAAUUUAAUUUUAAUGCAAAUCAUGUGUUAAAUAAUUCUCCUCGCUUUGAUUUAUAUUCACUUUUUUUUAAAAGUGGUGACAAAUAAAUUUACAAUGAAAUGUUUCACAAAAAGAUAAAAGUUCAUGAUGCUACUGAAACUGGUGUUUGAAAAUGGGAAAAAUUGAUCUCAGGUCUUAUUUGAUAAAAAGACUUUUGUUAAGUUAAUUUUUUCUUGAAUGAAUAGCACAUAUGUUUUGUUCUUAAUAAAUAAAACAGAAAACAAUAAGUUAUUUUGAUGCACUUUUCAGGGUUUAUUUUAAUAAUUAAGUUUUUUGUUUUUAUUUAUAUAAAUAAAAAAAUAAAAUUUAUAAGGAUUGAAUAAGUGUUUUAUUCCCUACAUGUGAUUGUUUAUUAUUAAAUUAUUAAUGUUUUUAAUUUAUUUAUUUCUCUCUUUACAUAUCCAAAUUUAAUAUUUUGAAACAAACUAAUAUGGAUUAAAAAAAUGAUUAGCUCAAUCAUAAAAGAUUGAAAGAUUAUUAGUAUCGUAAACAGUGUCAAAUUGCAGUGCGUCACCUAUUCAUGAUGGCCGAACAGAAACAAAUUGAAUUUGAAAAUCUCCCCUCACAUCUGCUGGAGUGCAUAUUGUAUUACAUACCGCUAAUAGAAAUUGUGAAACUCUGUGCGAUCUGUCCAAUUUUAUAUACUACUGGUAAUUUUGUUAUUCGGAAAAGAUUUUUUGAACUCCGUUCUGAAAUUUAUAAAGAAUUAAAGAUUUUAGAAGGAGAAAUCGAUGCAUUGCCUAAAAGUGAAGAGUUUUUUGAAAAUCGCAUAGUUUUAUUGAGAUGUUACUAUUUUCUGGAAAUGCUCUUAAGUGAAUUGAGCCUUAUUAGAGCAGUAUGGCGCAGAGUACUUUACAACAAAUCUUUAAGUGUAGUCGCCAUCGGAAAAUUACUACAUGAAUUUUAUUCUGCAUUUUACGUAACAAAGCGUAGGGGCUUACCUCCAUGGCACAUAAAUGAUGAAAUUGAAGGUAAAGUAAUUAAAUAUGCAAAGUUAUUUUUCGAAUGUAAAUUGGAUGAAGUACAGUAUGAUGAAAUGUUUGGCUGCCAAAUUUUGGAUGUCUUAGAUUCCAUGAUCAACAGGCAAUUUAGAAUUAAUGUCAAGUACUAUCCACAAAAUAACUUUUGCAGUAUAGAUGCUGUUUAUAAAUUGAGAGAUCCCCAUUAUUUAAACAGGACUCCAAAAUUAAAUGAAAAUGAAUUAACCCAAGAGGAACGAAGAAAAAUUUUAACCUAUUUUGUUAAUCUUGUGAGGAUCAACAACCGAGUGGCUCUCCGUGAAGAACAAUAUCAUAGAGAAGUGGAAAUUUCGAGGUCUAGAGAAAUAAAUAUAAUGGCUUUAGAAAUUGAUUUUAUACUUCAUGGAAGUUCCUCUUGGCUGACUAAAGAUGUCAGGAAGUAUGUAUCGGUUUUCUCCGAUCCUCUACGGGAAGAAAGAAAAGUUAAUGAAAUAUUUGAGUUUGAAGAGACGUAUCGUUCUUCAGAAUUUAGUCAUUCUACAAGCAUGGAAAAAAAAUUCAUCUGCUGUAUUCAAAUCAACUGCCCUUUAAACCAAGCGCCUUUGUCUAUUAUGGACUGCUGGUCAAGAUUUAAGAAUGACCUUCUUUCCCAAAUCUAUGCCAAACCACAGUUUGGAUUUCUAGAAGAAUCCAUUAACGUUUCUGAUACAAGCAGGAAAACCGAUAACAUUGAUAUCUUAGGGGAUAUAGGAAUGCAGUGCACAGUUGAAGUUGUGGUUUCAAGUAAUAACAACUAUGAAAUUGACAGGCUUAUGUUUAACGAGCCUUUAACAGUUGGCAGUUCUGAUUGAAGAAGUGUUAGUAGAUAAAAAUAAAAAUGUUUUUCAAUUUUUGUA